AUGCAGCAGGCACAGUUUGAUAUACAGCAGGCACAGUUUGAUAUACACCAGGCACAGUUUGAUAUACAGCAGGCACUUUUUGAUAUACAGCAGGCACAAUUUGAUAUGCAGCAGGCACAGUUUGAUAUGCAGCAGGUACAGUUUGAUAUACAGCAGGCACAGUUUGAUAUACACCAGGCACAAUUUGAUAUACAGCAGGCACAAUUUGAUAUGCAGCAGGCACAGUUUGAUAUGCAGCAGGCACAGUUUGAUAUACAGCAGGCACAGUUUGAUAUACACCAGGCACAGUUUGAUAUGCAGCAGGCACAGUUCGAUAUACAGCAGGCACAAUUUGAUAUACAGCAGACACAAUUUGAUAUACAGCAGGCACAGUUUGAUAUACAGCAGGCACAGUUUGAUAUACAGCAGGCACAGUUUGAUAUACAGCAAGCACAGUUUGAUAUACUUCAGGCACAGUUUGAUAUACAGCAGGCACAAUUUGAUAUACAGCAGGCACAGUUUGAUAUACAGCAGGCACAGUUUGAUAUACAGCAGGCACAGUUUGAUAUACAGCAGGCACAGUUUGAUAUACAGCAGGCACAGUUUGAUAUACAGCAGGCACAGUUUGAUAUACAGCAGGCACAGUUUGAUAUUCAGCAGGCACAGUUUGAUAUACAGCAGUGCACCAAUUCCCGCACUGCGUUAUCUAUCAAGGUGCCAUCUUCAUUCCUCUGUGUUUUUAUUAUAUUUCGGCAUUUUUAA